AUGAUCAUGCUGUUCGACGCAAACAAGCGCCUGCUGCACACUGGUGACGCGUACCCUGACACCGUGCAGCUGCCCAAGGGCGACUUCACGCUGCGGCUGGCGCUGCGCCACGAGAGCAUGGAGCUGCUGGAGAAGCUGCGGGGAACCUGCGUAGUCAUGGAGCGGUCCCUGGACUCAGCCGUGACUGUCCCUGUGUACGGCUCGCACGCCUCCGCCUCCUCCGCGGGCGCGUCGGCGGGGGAGAUGUUCCUGGGGGCGGGGGAGCGCGUGGCGCUGUGGCUGGGAGCGCCGGCGGACGACAAGCUGCCAAAGGACGCGAAAGAGGGCCGCGUCCUGUCGGGGAAGCUGACGCUGGGGCAGCUGCGGCGCGGCAGCGGCGCCGCGCCUGCAGAGCACGCCCUCAGGUACGUCGUCCCCCCCGCGGUCAACAAGGACGCGCAGUCAAACGGCGGCGCCGCCAAGAAGAAGGACGAGCCAGAGGAGGAAAAGGACGCCGCCACGAAGGCGCGCCCUGUGUCUGAAGCUCUGCGUGACGCCAAGCUGGCGCUGAUGAAGGACCUCCGCGCUGACAAGGACGCAGCCACAUACGACGCCCUCGCAGCGGAGCUGCGUGCGGCCCACCCUGGCCACCUUCCUCUGCUGCUGGAGCUGCUCAGGAGGGGCGAUGCGCUGUCCAAGGACAAGGGGGCGGAGCGCCUCUCCCAGAUCAUCGCCGCAGCGGACGAGGUUGUCGCGGCCAUCGACGCCACCUCGCUCGCCGCCUUCCUCGCGCUCAGGGCCCCCGACGAGGCGACGCAGGACGCCGCAGGCGAGGGCGGCGGCCCCUCCUACAAGGCCCAGAAGAAGAGGUGGGACGAGGCCAAGGCCGCGCUGCUGGAGGCCCUCAGCAAGAAGCUGGAGGCGCAGCUGGACCAGGCAGACCUGCAGGAAAAGGAGGCGCCCGGCACGGAGGCGGCGCCUGCGGCGGCCGCAGCGGCCACGUCGGCGCGCCUGCGCCAGUGGGUCGACACCGCGUCAGACGCGGCGUACGUCCUGCUGCACUCGCGUGUCGAGGCGCGGGCUGGCAGGCUGGCCGGCGCCCUGAAAGCCCUGGACAAGGCGGAGAAGGCGGCGGAGGACGACGGCAAGCCCCCCAAGAAGGAGCUGGCGGAGCAGCGCGCCGCGCUGUUGGGGCGCCUGGGGUGGGGCCACUGGGCGCGCUACGAGGCGGCGAGGACGCGCGCGAGGUUCCCGGGCGCGUUCCCGCCCAUCUGA